AUGCAUCCCAAGCACAUCUUCCCAAUCUCGCUGGCGGCCUCCGUCGCCGCCACCGGCCGCCCAUCUGAUGUUUCGAUCUGCGACUACUACACAGGCGCCGUUCUGAAGGACAACACUCCGGCCAAUCAGUACACGCUCCUCACCGUCAUCGUCAACACCGUCGUGAUCGGCAACUACUCCGCCUGUGCUGUAGGCAACGGCCUACCUGGCAUCCUGGCCCCUGCCGAUUAUGGCGGUGAAUACGUCAACCUUCUUCCUUACUUCAAUGGCUGUCUCAAGAGCACCAACGUCGAUGGGCAUCCGGCGAGCGUCAACUUCCUAGAUGGUGGCGGAGCAGCUCCCCUCAUGAACAACAUGGCUGCAAACAGUCCCAAUACGGCGCAAUAUGCCCUUCUCACUCACCUAUAUCAAUUCUUCGGCAAACUCCUCGGCUGUUCCGGCUAUGGCGAGAUGGGCUUCCCGGCGUACAUGGGAGACCCAAGCAUGGCCCGUGUCCACAAGUUCAUGUCGCUUGAUCCAGCCGAGGUCGGAUACUUCAUUGACCAAGUCGGUGCUGCAGCCACCUGUCUUGGUGUGUCCAACUCCGAUGUCUCGACCGUCGCAGGCGUUCUCAUGCAGUACUUUGGCUAUCGCUGCUCGCCGCCGCUGGCAAUCACCGAUGGGCCUCAGCUGCAGAGUAUUUGUGAGUCGUGCAAGUGCCCUGUCGACCCUAACGGCGGAUGCGAGCAGGGUGGAUGGGAUGACUGGUGUCCUCCUGAGCCACAGACGGCACCGCAGUGUAUGAAGUCGGGUGGGUAUCAGAGUAGGAAAUUCUGA